AUGCAAAGGAAAAUUAAGAAGUAUAAAGGCGGCGAACCACCAAAGUACGUGGCUUUCAUGUGCUAUAGCCACCAUGACAGUGAAUUCGUUCUCCGCCAUAUUAGACCGGAAAUAGAGCGCCGUCUGGAGGUUGAUAUGUCGCGAUCGGAAGGACUUCUUUGCAUCAAUGAUCGUGAUUUCAGAGUAGGAGAGCCAAUUGAAGAGGCUAUAGUUCGUAGUGUUUUAGCCAGCUCAAUGAUUAUACUCAUCAUUUCUGAGAAGUUUAUGGACAGCCAAUGGUGCAAAUUUGAAAUGAAUAUUGCGUGGUUAGAAAAGAAACCUAUAUUAAUGAUACUCAAAGAGCGUGUUUUAGUGCGGAAACUUCCAUAUUUAUUGAAAAAUAUCUAUAAUAAGAAUACGAGAUUAACGUGGACUGGUGAGAACAGGAAGAACGAAUUUAUUGAGAAUCUCUAUAAGUCUAUGUUAAACAAGCUAUAG